AUGUCUUGGCCUUAUCAGUUUGUCACCCCGUCCGAGGAGGAAAAAGUGCGGCGACGGGAGUUGCUCGAUCUCAGGGGAUCUUAUGCACAGUACUCGAUCAUUCUGAUGGCCAUUGUGCUUCGGGUAUAUCAGGUGAGGGCUCAUUUCGCUCAAGGCGAGAUCAAAGAUCAGCGGCGACGAGGCCAGCUGACGUGGUGGGAUCGCCCACUCUUUGCUGGAUGGUUGGAGACGCGCCGACAGUAUGCUCUCUGCGGAUUGUGGCUCUUGUGGCUCAUCGGCCUAUCGUUCUGGAACACCGGCAAUGACUACCUACAUUUGACCAAGGCUCUGGGUCAUGUGGCGCUCUCGCAGGUUUCCCUGCAGAUUUUGAUGUCGCCAGCAGCAUAUAUCUUUUCAUCUAGACCAGCGAGCCCGUCAAUGUUUUCCGUGAUGACGUCCAUACCUCAGACCGUGUUGACACCCUAUCACCGGCUCUUUGGCCGCCUGGUCAUCUCUCCAUUAUUGAUCGGCCAUGCUGUCCUUUACCUCUUGUUCUUCGCACAAUCAUCCCACCCGGAAUUUGGAAGACUUUUGAAUAAGCGCGUGCGAGACUUUGAUGUUCAAUGUGGACUCAUGGCUGUAUCGAUACUGGUCUCAGUCAUGUUCUUCCAAAGACCCCGUGCCGCGUCCUCCCAGACAGCGACCCGAGGUCGUCUUGCUGUCAGAUCCAUCCGAGAGCGUCGACAGUCGUUUUACUGGGGACACAUUGCCUUGGUAGGGCUCUUGUGCCUCGCUGCAUAUUAUCACGUUGCUCACGCACACUUUUACAUGCUGCAAGCCUUGGGCGCGUUUGCGGUCAAUGGCGUUGUUUCGUGGGGUACCGUUCGAUGGGCACGGCGCUCUUGA